AUGGGACCGCGACCGAAGCAUUAUUUCCUUGCGCCGAUUGGGAACCCUCUGAACGGACAGAUCAAAUUAGGCAAUAUUAUCGCGCUCCCAAGACUUGCCGAUGACCCCAUCAAUGAGAAUAAUGUUUCGUUAACCUCCAUCCCAAUGGAGAUUAUUGAGCAUAAUGAAUAUGAUUACACGUUCAAUGUGAAUGCGAAAAGCGGCGGACAAAUCGGUAUCUGGGCAUCAUUCUUGCAGACCAUAGGCCUAAGAGCAGAAGCAACCCUAGAAGACAGCCGUCAGCAUAGCGAACAAUGGGCCUUUGAAAAGUUACAGACAAUCUCCUUUGCACCAAAGCUGGCGUACAUUGCCAAAUGCCUAGAAGACGAUGGCGUGCGACGCUUCUUGCGGAUAAACAAGCCGUCUUUCGGGGCCUCACAUUUAUACAUGAUUACCGGCAUCAAAGUCGCGUACGGUGCUUCGUCCGUCAUUCAGUACGCAAAGAAGAAAGGCAUAGCCCUGCGCUUGGGGUCAGGUAUCACAGGGAACCAUGUUGGGCCUGAGUUUUCCAGGAAUGACGAAAUUGGAGUUUCUCAGUGGCAGGGCGGAGCCGAUCCGUUUGUUUUUGCUUUCCGUUUGCGAAGAAUUAAAUUGUCUUUGUCGAGAGAGAUCAGUCACGAACAGUACAAUAAAGGAGCCAUGCUUGGUAUCAAGGAAGACGAAGAUGAUGAGUCAAGUGCACAAAUUCCUAUUUUGCUGAGGAUAUUGAGAGCGAUGAGGAUGUGUAUGGGUCUGAAUUCCAGCUGGAGAGCAGGGAUGCGCGGGAUGGGCCUUCGCCUGGAGAUGGCCUUUGCCAAUGUGUGA